AUGGCAUCGGCAACGAACUGUGGAGACGGUAUUGAUGUAAUCGGCGGGGCUGUUCGUGGUCGACGACGGCGGAGUAGGACCGUUCGUGGAGAUGGCGGCGGCCGUCAGUCGCCGGCGAGGGUCAUGCGGUUCAUAUCUCGCUGGUUGCGCCUGGGUUGGUGUCAGCGGCAACGGGACACGGUUGCUCUCGCCGUGAAUCCCAGUGCAUCAGCGACGGAAUAUGGUGUCUACGGCGAGGCUCAUGGUGGCGGAAUAAGACAGAGAGAGAGGAAAGAGAAUGAGUGGGAAGAGAGAGAAAAGAGAAUUAAUGGGAUGGAGAUGGUGUGUGGGGCCCACAAUGUGAGCUGUCAAUCUGAGUAUUUGACACUAUUGCCCUUCUACCCACGUGUAUGA